AUGCCACUGACCUCUGACAUCUGCCUCCCUGACGGCAAAAGUUACAAUCAACCUUUAGGCCUGUUCAUUGAUAACGAAUUCCGUGAAAGCAUAAAGGGAAAGACCUUUGAAGUUGUGAAUCCUACCACCGAGGGAGUCAUAGCCCACGUCUCCGAGGCCGGGGCAGAGGAUGUUGACUUGGCUGUGGCCGCCGCACGACGAGCAUUCAAAGGCCCAUGGUGUACAACAAGCCCCGAAGAUAGGGGAAAGUUGCUGCGCAGAGUAGCCGACCUGAUCGAGGAGAACCUCGAGCUGCUGGCCAAGGUUGAGACGCUCAACAAUGGCAAGGCUCAGCAGUGGGCAAUAGGAGAUGUGAAGCACUGUGUCUCCGUCUUCAAUUACUAUGCAGGUUGGGCCGAUAAGAUGGAAGGUAAAGUGAUUGAUGUUGAUACAGAGCGCUUCAGCUUUACCAAGCGUGAGCCGUUUGGCGUGUGUGGACUAAUCGUCCCAUGGAACGCACCUCUUGUCCUCAUGUCCUGGAAAGUGGCUCCAGCUCUUGCAGCUGGCAACACCGUCGUCGUCAAAACCUCAGAGCUAACUCCACUGUCUGCCCUUCUACUAGCUAACUUAUUCAAACAAGCGGGAGCUCCGGCCGGUAUCUUCAAUGUCAUCUCAGGCUUCGGCGGUGUGGCCGGCGCCGCCCUUGCCUCUCACAUGGACGUUGCCAAGAUAUCAUUCACAGGGUCGACUACGACUGGACGUGCCAUCAUGCAGGCGGCAGCCAAGUCUAACCUCAAGCCUGUGACCCUCGAGCUGGGCGGUAAAGGCCCCAAUAUCGUGUUUGAUGAUGCAGACUUCGAUGCGGCUGUGGAGUGGGUUACUUUUGGCAUCUUCUAUAGUUCUGGGCAGGUCUGCUGCGCUGGCUCCCGCGUGUACGUGCAGGCUGGAAUUUACGGUAGGUUUUUGAAGGCGCUUAGGGCAAGGGUAGCCCAGAUUCAAGUGGGCGAUCCAUUCGACAUAAACACAUUCCACGGACCGCAGACCUCCAAGGCUCAGUACAUCAAGAGCGGCGUGGACGAUGGCGCAAAGAUUGAGGCUGGUGGCUCUCGCUGGGGCGACAAGGGCUUUUUCGUUCAGCCCACCAUCUUCUCCGGUGCCUCUCAUGAUAUGAAGAUCAUGCGCGAUGAGAUUUUUGGGCCAGUAUGCGUUGUCUCCAGGUUUCAAACCCAGGAUGAGGUAGUUCAGGCAGCGAAUGCAACUUCGUAUGGCCUUGCUAGCGGAGUACAUACCAAGAACAUCGAUCGUGCCCUCAACGUGUCCAACCUCCUCGAGGCUGGCACCGUUUGGGUCAACCAGCUUCCGUUUGGGGGAUACAAAGAAAGUGGUAUUGGUCGCGAGUUGGGAGCAGCUGUGUUGGAGAGCUACACGACUAUCAAGACAGUCUCUGUCCGCCUCUCAGGGACACAGUGA